GUCGUCUGUCGAUCGGGAGGUACAGUUGUGGUCUUACUCGGAAUUUAUGUGUACAGAAUUGAUUUUCGGUGUCGUAAAGUUAAACCGAUCGAUUUUACCUCGAAUGUGGACCAGAAGCUUUCAGCUGUGAUGCUAUCAUGAUCAAUGCUCGUGCUGUGGUGAAAUCUGCAGAGGAAGAAAACCCGUCGAUCUACAGUCAGUCCAGGAUGCUGCCAGCCGCCUUUGCCCGGGAAGAUGGUCGCGAGUUACUUGCCGAUGGCGAUAAUACCAGCACCCCUCUCAGAGCUGGCGUCGUCAGGCUGCCCAGAAUGCGUCUUCUGGACAAGCACUUCAAAGUGGAAUCCGUGCCGGUCUACGCACCUCGCGAGGAUAAAACUAACCUCGUGAGAAGCUUCGUUCAACGCCAUAAAUACGACGGACGAAUAGUACCACCGACGCGGUUCUGCGUCGAUCGAUUUAUACCGCGAAGACAGGGUCAGAACCUGGAAGCUGCGCAUCACUCACUCGUUUACGAACUUCCGAAGAAGACCUCAAGACGUCUCCUCGACUUGCCCAACGACCUAAAUUGCAUGGGUUUGGCGUGGCAAAAACGGUCAAUGGCUCGUGCCCUGGAGACUUUAAUUCCAGGCGCUGGACGCCAAAGGCUACUACAACUCUCGCAAAAGACUUCGGCACCACUGACCGUUCCUGGCACUCUCGUUGGCAGGCCAAGGAACUUUGACGAGACGAACGACUCUCUGGACGAGUACAAGUGGCCCGUCAGACCCCGGAGACGACCGGUGAUCGGGAAGCCUUACACCAUGCUGGACAUUCCGCACUUCCGGCCCAGCCUACGUAAAAAUCUCCUAGACUGGAGCUCGACGAACAUGUUAGCUGCUGCGGUAGACCACGGUGUCUACGUCAUGAGUGGCAACUUCGAACUCAACGCCGAUGACUCAAAGUUCCUAUUCCACGAUAUUUGCACGGCAGUGAAGUUCAGCAAUUCAGGCAGGAAAAUAGCGAUAGGAAGAUCAUCCUCGUUGACCAGUGUCUACAGAAUAGGUUCCAACAAAUUUUGCUGCGAGUUCAAAUGCGCUGCCACUAAUCAUUCUUUCUCCUGUCAGCCACAGUGCUACGCGUGGUCAAACGACGACCGUUAUUUAGUCGUUGGUUGCAGCGGUGGUUACCUGGAGGUGAUAAACGUCCCUGUUGGCGUCAAGAAGAACAUCGUUGAGGCCUCUGUCUCGGACAUUGUCACAGUGUCCUUCUCUCCUAAGGAUCGCUACGUUGCCUGCGGCGGGAGGGAAGCAGCGGUGCGGAUAUUCACCUGGCCCGACUUGACGCCUUUCAUGGAAAUCGGCUACCUCUCUCCAGUCAGAGCAAUGGCGUGGCAUCCGUGGGAAAGCAGCAUCCUCUGCAUCGGGGGUGGCCAAGGUGACGGCAGUUUAUCGAUAUGGAAUAUCCAGCGUCAGAUGUCCCUCGCCUACCGGGCGAUAAGAUUCGACGGUUGCGUGGACACCGUUUUGUGGAAUAAAGUCACCGGGGAAAUGGCCGUCAAUUGGUUUGUCCGCGAUUACGCGGACCCCGACGAUUACUACGCAGCCAUGCCGGUUUACGCCAGUUUCGAUCACGUCACCGACGCGAUAAUCCCGUCGCUGAAGAAGACCCGAAUUCCUUACGCAGCCUGGAACCCGGACGGAACGCAAAUUGCAUGUCAAGCUCGAGACUCGGUCUUUAUACACGGCUUCCUGGACAACAAGGAGAAGAAACGGCUUGAGGAAAGGAAACGCUCACCGCGCUCCAAAGUUCUAAGUCCCGAAUUACUGUCUUUCCAUCCAAUGCGGUAGU